UCCUAACACCACAAUGGCCGGAGGACCUUACUUAUCACCGUUGCCCGGCGAUCUCCUAUCGGAGUACAUGUUCGGCAGACGUCGCCAGAGAAGGAACCGGACGACUUUCACACCUCAACAGCUCCAAGAACUCGAAGGACUCUUCCAGAAAACCCAUUAUCCCGACGUGUUCCUCAGGGAAGAAGUAGCGCUCCGGAUCAAUCUCUCCGAAGCCCGUGUACAGGUUUGGUUCCAAAACCGCCGAGCAAAGUGGCGCAAGCACGCCAGACUUCAGAUCAUUCAAGACGCGUGGCGGAUCCGUUGCAUGGGCCUGAAUACACAAUCUCUUUUGUUGGGACGACAAGCUCCAGAAGGAACCAAUCACUUAACAGACGACUCGGGAUCUCCACCGCCGCCGCCUCCUGGUCAAUCAUCCGUACCGUCGCCCACUCGUUUUCCGGGCUCUUACAGAAUGCUGCAAAAUUAUCAGGUAUCAGACAGACCGCAAGUAAUCGGACCGGCCGCUUCCGGUAAUGUUCCUCCAAAAUUGUUUUGUCCUUAUUCGCCUGUCGAAAACGACACGAAUAAAUGUCCGGUUCACCCUCGAGACUCAGCAUCGGACUUAAACGGGAAUUUAUCCACAACAACAGGAACCAUGGACUUGAGAUGCCCAAAGUCUCGCUCCACCACUCCGGAUGAAGAGAACGAAAUCAACGUUAACGAUUAAUGUCUUAACACAACAACGAACAAGUAUCCAAAAGCAAUUUUAGUUUUAAAAGUAUUACAUAUUAUUAUUGAUUGUGUUAACCAUUUUUAACGAUAUGGCCAUUCCAGUGAUUGUUGCAAUAACACCACACCACUUAGUUGUUGCAUUUAAAACAUGUCUUGAAGUAGCACUUUUUAGAGCAUCUCGACAGUUUUAUGGGAAUAAUGCAGUUGUACAAAACUUAAGGUUUAGAUAUUAUAACUUAAACCAAAGAGUGACGCGAGCGGAUUUCAUAGGAAUAGUUUUAUUAAUUGAUGAAUUUGUCAAAGAUAUACUGAAGAAAAUAGACGAACGUUACCUAAAAGAAUAUAUUGAAAAUAUAAUUUUACUUUUUGAUAAAAAUCACUUGAAUAUCCAUUUAAUUUAUCGAAAAAUUGCCUAUAAUUUACUGUUUAACAAUUAGGUGGUGUGCUGUCUUCACAAAAGCGCAUCUAGCGGUGCUCGCGAGAAUCUAUUUAAAUACCAAAAAUAUUAUUUAAUUAGUGAUUCAUAUUGUAUAUUUAUAAUAUAACAAACCCAGCAGAAAUUGUGCUUGUUUAUGUGUACUUUACUACAAUAAUAUAUAUAAGAAUUUUAUGUAAUAGAAAAAAAAUAUAUUAUUGGAUGAUUUGAGA